UCAAGCCGCUGGCAGCGGGUGUGGCCAAGAGGGUGUCUGUCAGGCCCAGCCUACGGGUCAGCCGGACUUGGCAAACCAGCGAGCGUGCGCAGUGAGUGCCAGGCGCCGGCGAGCAUGCGCACUCCCAAGUGCGGCGGCUGCUGGUUGCCAUGGUAACGAGAAGCAGUUACGAGACGCAGAAGAAUGGAAGGAACUGUAAUGUGAUGCUAGACUUUGUUGAAGCCACGACACAGUGUUUCCUUAUUGAGCAUGCUAAAAAAUAAGGAUCGCUCAUCUAAAAAAGCUAACUUAGCAGUCACCGCAGUUGCCUUACAGGACCACAUUUUACAUGAUCUUCAACUUGGACAUCUUUCAGUAGCAGAUCCUCUUAAGACAAAAGUGCAAAAGAAUGAGAGCAAGUCAAAAUCUCUCAAAAGAGACGCAACAGCCGUAGUAGAUACUGGGCUUAGGAAGACUACAGAAGGCCCCAAAGUGGAAGAUCCCGAAAAGGAGUAUGUUCUAGACCCCACACCACCACCGCUAACUCUAGCCCAGAAACUGGGCCUCUUGCCACCUCCUCCAUUGCCACUGUCAUCAGAUGAAUGGGAGAGAGUGAAGCAGAGAUCACUCCUGCAAGGGGACUCCAUGCAGCCAUGCCCAAUAUGUAAAGAAGAAUUUGAGCUCCGUCCCCAGGUGCUGCUUUCCUGCUCACAUGUAUUCCACAAGGCAUGCCUUCAGGCUUUUGAAAAGUUCACAAAUAAAAAAACCUGUCCCCUCUGUAGAAAGAACCAAUAUCAAACCAGAGUGAUACACGAUGGGGCCCGCCUGUUCAGAGUAAAGAGUGCCACCAGAAUCCAAGCCUACUGGAGAGGGUACAUCGUUAGAAAAUGGUACAGAAACCUAAGGAAAACAAUCCCUCCUACGGAUGCCAAGUUAAGGAGAAAGUUCUUUGAGGAAAAGUUCACAGAAAUCAGCCAGCGAAUCCUGUGCUCAUACAACACCAACAUAGAUGAACUCUUCUCAGAAAUCGACCUCUGCUUGGCUGUAAAUCGCAGCAUCCUCCAGCAGCUAGAUGAAAGGUGUGGCCAUGAGAUCUCUGAGGAGGACUGGGAGAAAAUCCAAGUGCAGGCUGCCCACCAGGAGAUCUACGAGUGUUCCAUCUGCCUGACCCCACUCUCCCUCCAUGGUGACUGCCAGCAAGCAGCUGUAGGAAGCAGUGGCCAGCGGCCCCGUGAGACAGUCCUCCUGUCCUGUGCACACCUGUUCCACCAUGCCUGCCUCCUGGCCUUGGAGGAGUUUUCCUUGGGAGACAAUGCCCCUUUCCAUGCCUGUCCUCUCUGCCGAUCCUGCUACCAAAAGAAAAUUCUUGAAUGCUGAGUUCAUGUUCAUGAAGUUAAGACUAGAACAAGAAAGGGGGUAAAAAGCCUACCUUGUUUAUGAGUUGUGUGAAUUUUGGAUUGAGUACUACACUGCUGUCUGUUCUUUGGAUUAUAUAGAGGAAAUAAAAGAACCUACCUAACUA